UUCUCUCUCUCUCUCUCUCUCUCUCUCUCUCCCUCUCGCUGUGUUUUUAGUCGACCUGCCUCGGAACGGAGCCUCCCUCCGGGGGAACGACCGAGCCGAGGGACGAGAGUUUUUGCAGGGAGUGAGAGAGAGGGGGAAGCCGGAGGCGGACCGUCGAAUCUACCCCCCCUCCCUCCACACACACGCACGCACACAAACUCACCGUCUUGAGGAGGAGGAGGAGAAGAAGAAGAAGAAGAAGGAGGAGGAGGAGGAGAAGAAGAAGAAGCAGCAGCGGGUUGAGGAGAGGCAGCCGGCGGACACGCACACACACACGCGCGCGCACACACACUCGGGGGAAAAGAAGCCCAGACCUCACCUCAGCGCCAUGGAGCCUUACGACGACGGAGAGGCGGUCUACAUGCAGCAGGAGGAAGACUGGGACCGGGACCUGCUCCUGGACCCCGCUUGGGAAAAGCAGCAGCGAAAGACGUUCACAGCAUGGUGCAACUCUCACUUGAGGAAAGCCGGCACGCAGAUCGAGAACAUCGACGAGGACUUCCGGGACGGUCUGAAACUCAUGCUCCUACUGGAGGUCAUCUCAGGCGAACGUCUGGCCAAACCCGAACGCGGCAAGAUGAAAGUUCACAAGAUCUCCAACGUGAACAAAGCACUGGACUUCAUCGCCAGCAAAGGAGUCAAGCUUGUGUCCAUUGGCGCCGAAGAAAUCGUAGACGGCAACGCCAAGAUGACAUUGGGAAUGAUCUGGACCAUCAUCCUCCGCUUUGCCAUCCAAGACAUUUCCGUCGAAGAGACGUCAGCUAAGGAGGGCCUCCUGCUCUGGUGCCAGAGGAAGACGGCGCCCUACAAGAACGUCAACAUUCAGAACUUUCACAUCAGCUGGAAAGAUGGUUUGGGCUUCUGUGCGCUCAUUCAUCGGCACCGCCCGGAGCUCAUCGACUACGGGAAGCUACGCAAGGAUGACCCCAUGACCAACUUGAACACGGCCUUCGACGUGGCCGAGAAGUACUUGGACAUUCCCAAGAUGUUGGACGCAGAAGAUAUUGUGGGCACUGCCCGUCCGGACGAGAAGGCCAUCAUGACCUACGUGUCUAGCUUCUACCACGCCUUCUCGGGCGCCCAGAAGGCGGAGACGGCGGCCAACAGGAUCUGCAAGGUGCUCGCUGUCAAUCAAGAGAAUGAGCAGCUGAUGACGGACUAUGAGAAGCUGGCCAGUGAUCUCCUGGAGUGGAUCCGUCGCACCAUCCCGUGGCUGGAGAACCGCGUCCCCGAGAACACCAUGCAGGCCAUGCAGCAAAAGCUGGAAGACUUCCGCGACUACCGCCGGCUGCACAAGCCGCCCAAAGUGCAGGAGAAGUGCCAGCUGGAGAUCAACUUCAACACGCUCCAGACCAAGCUGAGGCUCAGCAACCGGCCCGCCUUCAUGCCCUCCGAGGGCCAGAUGGUGUCGGAUAUCAACAACGCGUGGGGCAACCUGGAGGGCGCCGAAAAGGGCUACGAGGAGUGGCUCCUCAACGAGAUCCGCCGCCUGGAGAGACUGGACCACCUGGCCGAGAAGUUCCGGCAGAAAGCGUCCAUCCACGAAAGCUGGACGGAAGGCAAGGAGGAGAUGCUGCAGCGUAAAGACUUCGAGACGGCGUCGCUGUCGGACAUCAAGGCGCUGCUGAAAAAGCACGAGGCCUUCGAGAGCGACCUGGCCGCCCAUCAGGACCGCGUGGAGCAGAUUGCCGCCAUCGCGCAAGAGUUAAACGAGCUGGAUUACUACGACUCGCCGAGUGUAAACGCACGUUGCCAGAGAAUUUGCGACCAGUGGGAUGGCCUCGGGUCUCUGACCAAGCAACGAAGUGAAGCUCUGCAGAAAACGGAGAAGCUUCUGGAAACCAUUGAUCAGUUGUACCUGGAGUUCGCAAAGAGGGCGGCUCCUUUCAACAACUGGAUGGAGGGCGCCAUGGAGGACCUGCAGGACUCCUUCAUAGUCCACACCAUAGAGGAAAUCCAGGGCCUCAGCACAGCCCACGAGCAGUUCAAAGCCACGCUGCCCGAAGCCGACAAAGAGCGGCAGGCCAUCCUGGGCAUUCACAAUGAAAUCGCAAAGAUCGUGCAGACCUACCACGUCAACAUGGCCGGCAUCAACCCCUACACCACCAUCAACCCUCAGGAGAUCAACGCCAAAUGGGAGAAGGUCCGACAGCUGGUUCCUCAGCGCGACCAGGCCCUGAUCGAGGAGCACGCCCGGCAGCAGAACAACGAGCGUCUGCGUCGGCAGUUCGCCAGCCAGGCCAACGUCAUCGGGCCUUGGAUCCAGACCAAGAUGGAGGAGAUCGGCUACAUCUCGAUGGAGCUCCACGGUACGCUCGAGGACCAGUUGGCACACCUGCGGCAGUACGAGAAGAGCAUCGUCAACUACAUGCCGAAGAUUGAGCAGUUGGAGGGAGACCACCAGCUCAUCCAGGCCGCGCUCAUCUUCGACAACAAGCACACCAACUACACUAUGGAGCACAUCCGUGUGGGCUGGGAGCAGCUUCUGACCACCAUCGCGCGCACCAUCAACGAGAUCGAAAACCAGAUCCUGACGCGAGACGCCAAAGGCAUCAGCCAGGAGCAGCUCAACGAGUUCAGGGCCUCCUUCAACCACUUUGACAGGGACCACUCUGGCACGCUGGGGGCCGAGGAGUUCAAGGCCUGCCUGAUCAGCCUGGGCUUCGAUAUCGCCAACGACGCACAGAAGAGAACGGGAGUGAUGGACAUCGACGACUUCAAGUCCUGCCUAAUCUCCGUUGGGUACAACCUGGGUGAGAGCGAGUUUGCCCGCAUCAUGAGCAUCGUGGACCCCAACCGGAUGGGCGUGGUCACCUUCCAGGCCUUCAUCGACUUCAUGUCGCGCGAGACGGCCGACACCGACACGGCCGACCAGGUCAUGGCCUCCUUCAAGGUCCUGGCUGGGGACAAGAACUACAUUUUGGCGGACGAGCUGCGGCGGGAGCUGCCCCCAGACCAGGCGGAGUACUGCAUAGCCCGCAUGGCCCCGUACACGGGCCCCGACGGCGUGCCCGGAGCUCUGGACUACAUGUCCUUUUCCACUGCCCUGUACGGCGAGAGUGACCUUUGAACUCCCCCUCUCCGCCGCCCGCUUUUUUUUUUUUUUUUUUUUUUCUACGUCUCUGGCCUUAUUUUGUUCGUCCUCCUCACAAGCUGUCUGCCGGUUGCUUUCCCCCCCCCCCCCCCCCACACACACACACCAAGCCGUUUACACAGAGAGAAACAACUUAAGUUUUUAUUUUUUGUCGUUGUCCUCAUUAUUCAUAAAUGAAUAAAGUUAACAUAUUUUAUGAUACUGAACAAAAAAAAUGUAUUUUUCUUCACCUGGUUGAGAGUGAGAUGGAAAUUGUAAUAAAGAAAAAUUGCUUUUA